AUGGACACAACCGACGAUUUAGAGAAGUUAGCUGAACAAUGCUUGUCUUCAGCCAAGGCGAUCAAGUCAUUCCUCAAGGCCCAGGAUCUACCAUCACCUACCUUCGACCAGAACGGGCCGACCUCGUUUCCUCGCGUGCCACCCUCUCUUCAACAAGCGAGACUCGAUUUGAGAGCAUCCGCCAAGAGACUCCACGGUUUGAUGAGAGAGCCUGAAGACUUUCUCAUCCAUUCACCUCUUGAGAGUAUCUAUGAUGUUUGUGCUUUACGCUAUGUUGUGCGCUUCGAUAUCGCCCGUACGGUCCCGGUAACGGGUAGCAUUGCAUAUGCUGAGCUCGCCCACAAAGCUGGUGUUGACGCCAACCAACUCCAGAGAAUCAUACGGCAGACUGUUCAGACAAGGGUUUUCUACGAGCCUCAACCUGGUCAUGUCGGACAUACCGCAGCCUCAAAGUUGCUUCUCAACACUCGUGUCGUAGGUGCUUCUGCUUACAUUGUUGACGAUACGUUCCUCAUAGCGUCAAGGAUGGUUGAGGCUCUGGAUAGAUGGGGCCACGGCAGUCAGGAGCCCAUCGAAGCAGCAUUCAAUCAUGCCUUCGGCACCGACAAGCCAAUCUUCCAGUACUAUGAGCAAGAGACUCUUCGCCGAGAGCGCUUCUCUUCCCUGAUGAAACAGAUUGGCACGAUGCAUCUGAUGUCAGUUGACCACGUUGCCACAAGCUUCAACUGGGCCAGCUUGGGGAAAUGCACCAUUGUCGACGUCGGAGGAAGCAACGGCCACUGCGCAGUCCCCAUCGCACGUGCAAACCCACAAGCAACGAUCGUCGUUCAAGAUCUUCCAGAAAUAGUGCAACACGCGCAAACGGCCGAUGGAAACAUCAUCCCGCCCGACCUCCAGCGCCAGAUCUCUUUCAUGCCACACGACUUCUUUCAGCCUCAGCCUGUCCAGGGAGAGGCGUACUUUAUCCGCCUGAUCCUGCACGACUACUCCGACAAGUACGCCGCGAAGAUCCUGUCCGCACUCCUCCCGGCAAUGAAGCGCGGGUCGCGCAUCAUCUUGAUGGAGCAGAUCCUGCCACCCGUCGGGGCGGCGCCGCCACCAAUCGAACACUUUCUGAGAACCAUGGAUCUGGAGAUGUGGGCCAUCUUGAACGGGAAAGAGCGAGAUCGCGACGAUUUUGCGGCGCUGCUGGAGAUGGUGGAUUCAAGACUCGUCAUUAAAAACGUGGUGAGCACGCUGGGAAGUUCUUUGAGUGUUAUCGAGGUGCUACUGGAGUAG